ACUGUGUGGUGUAUAUACACACUACAUACGUACUUAAUAAUGGCCAUCUGUACAGGAAAGCGUUGUUUUGGACAACUUUCCAUUCUACUCAACUCUGCUUACGGGAAAAUCAUUGGCGGAGCUUCCAGAUGGAUCUGACCUCUGACCCUGGAAUAGUCCUCCUCUAUAGAGUUACUAAGGUUUUUACUCAGCCUGGACUGAUGGACUACAUAAUUAUGAUUUCAUCCCCUCCGAAGCUGUCACCAACUGACUCCAGUCCCCAGUGGCACCAGACCACACCCCCUUCCCUCUCUCCUCUCAGACUUGCCUACUCUACUACUGCUGCUGCUGGCCACACCCCUUUUUCAGAAGCCCCAAAGUCAUUAGAACCUGAGUAUGUGAGGGGUACAGCACAAUUAACCCCCAGAGGAAAGAUGCAGCUGAUCCAGGGAUCCCGUAAGAGUUCCAACCUGAAAGUGCCGUACCUGGGAGACCCUCUCCUCCAGCCAGUCAGGUCAUAUGAGAACACCACUCUUGUCAGAGUUCUGCACAGCUGCUCCCUCUACCUGAACGAGCGGUUUGCCAGGCAGCUGCAAUCUAUUGGUGUCAGCAAUAGUUUCUUGGGUCGUGUGGCUAAACAGUUUCUCUCUCCUCCUCUCUCUCCUCCCUUCACCCACUCACCCAGCACCAGUAACAUUCCUCGUACUCCAAAGAGCAAAGUCACGCGUGUCCUCACUACUCCUCACUCUCCCUCCCUUUCCACCGCCAGUCCUCGUUUCAACCUCCGCCCGCUGGCCUCGUACUAUACCAUCUCCUGUGUCAGUGUCGGUCUCUCCCUACUCUGGCUCCUACUACUGCCUCUAUGGUUUAUCCUGGUUAUAAUGCUGGUUCUUCUGGGUGCUGUACCCUGUGCAUGUGGCAGGGGACCUCACAGAAAGACCAUCUGAUCUACACUGCUGAACUGGAAAUACUGACUUUUUGUGCAAUAUGCCUUUCUUUUCACAUUCCCAUAGUAUUGUACAUUGUUAUUAUAGUAGCACAAACAAAACCAGACUUCAAAACCAUGUGUAAAGGAAUAC